CCCGACGGAGGAGAGGCGAGCAGGAGAGCAGAUGUGAGCCGGACUGCGGAGACACAGCGAAGCAUUAGAGAGCAAACAGAAAACCUUUGAUUUUUCUAAUAUGUGGCAGCCCGCGUCGGAGCGAUUGCAGCACUUCCAGACCAUGCUGAAGACAAAGCUGAAUGUGCUUACACUGAGGAAGGAGCCGCUGCCCACGGUGAUCUUCCAUGAGCCUGAGGCCAUUGAGCUCUGCUCCACCAAUCCACUAACAAAGGGCAGGACCCAUGCUGGAUAUAAGGUGACCUACCUAGGUAAGGUGACCAUCUUAGGGACCCAGUUUCUGUCUGGGUGUACAGAGUCAGCGGUGGUCGGCCUAGUGGAGCGCCGCGCCCUGGCCCAACAGCACGGCACCUUCACCGGAUCCAAUUCCCUGCUGGAGAUCCGGCCGUUUCAGGUGCGCCUCCACCACCUAGAUGAGCAUGGCGAGGCCUCUGUGACCAUGGAUACCUACCAGGUGGCACGGAUCGCGUACUGCACCGCCGACCACACCGUCAGUCCCAAUGUGUUUGCCUGGAUCUAUCGGGAGAUCAACGACGACCUGUCCUUCCAGAUGGACUGCCACGCCGUGGAGUGUGAGAGCAAGCUGGAGGCCAAGAAGCUGGCUCACUCCAUGAUGGAGGCCUUCCGCAAGACUUUCCACAGCAUGCGCAGCGACGGGCGCAUCCACAAGAGCGGCUCUUCUGACGACUUUGCCGAGGAGUCCUCCACUCCUGAAGACUCCACCCCGGAUGAUGGUUGAACAGCUCAUAUCCACCUAAGCUCCUGACCCCCCCCCCCAUCUUCACAAAGGUGGGGUUACUGGAUGGAUGGACGGAUAACCUGCUCUCUUCUACUCCCUUACUCUUUCUCUUACUGGUAUCAAUAUGACGCCUGGGGACCACCCAUCAUGGACAGUGAGGCAGUUUUGAAAUAAAGGGAAAUCAGAGGACCAAGGAAAAGCAAGAAACCAACUGUUUCAUACAAGUAAGGCAAAAAGUGCUAGCUGUGUGGCCCUCAAACAUCUCCAGGGUCUUUCCAGCACCUCGACACAUGCCCAUGAGAGAUUGACUUCACAGUUACAUUUCUAUUCUUCACUCGGGCAGAAACUGUUUAUGGUUCUUAAGCUUUUUCAGCCAUGGAUUGGCAAAAUUGUGUUUCUUUCCCUUGAACCCAGGCUGGAGAAAACCCAUUACUUCUCUCUUCGUGUCAAGACGUGCCAGAAUUAGGUCUAUGACUCAUUUUUAACCUAUAGUUUAGGAAACCAGGCUGGUGUACACGAAAAAUAUUUCCAUUUCUGUCACAAUGAUUUUUUACAGUGGAAAUAGCAAACGAGGACUGAAAAACAGCUACGCUUUUCAACCUUGCACAUAUCAGUAUGGUACCUUAUUCCAAGUUACAUGUUUGGCUUAUCUCUGGAGCCGUUCGCUCCGUCUGUAUCUCUGUCUAAUGUGUAUUUUUAAACGAAAACUGGCUCUACACAUACAAGGUAUAUUUGAGAGGCACCUGGGAGAAGAUAAUUCCUGGUAUUUUAAAGAGAUUUCUGUUUUCGUUGUCGGCCACAUGACUAGGCCUGACUCGAGUGUAACUGAGACGCCACAUCUGACUCUUGUUUUGAGCAUACCAAAAGCCAGGCUGUUGUUUGCCUGUCAAGUUACGUGCCUCGAUUUCUUCUCACAUUACUUUGGUGUCUUUCUCCUGUCACAAAUUGUGAGUGUACUCUGUGUGUGUGUGUGUGUGUAUGUGUGUGUGUGCAUGCGUUUAUGCACAAGUGCCAACAUCUGUGUGUACAAAUGUGUUAAUGAAUGUGCGUGUGUGAAUGUAUUUUCUCUUCUGAGUGUGUAAGAGAGCGGUGAAGGGUGGAAGAGAGAAACGGGGACAUUAUGCGGUUUGAUGAUUAGCGAGAAGCGAGGACUUCUCACCCCCCCCCCCCCCCGCUACCCAGCAUCUAUUUUUGAUGCUUAAGGAGGCAUUUUUAAAUCAAACCUGGUACUGUGACCUUUUCCCCAAGUUUAACUUUCAUGAAUCCUCACUUGUACGAAAUGAAAAGGGUACGCGAAUUUGAGAGUCACACAGAACAAGGUUUUAGGACCCUUAAAACACAGCCGUCCAAGAGAAUGCCUGAAACCCCGUGGCCUCUGCUGAAUGUAUGAUCAGUCCAACAUGCUGCAAGUUCCUCACAUCCUCUCCAGUAACGUUAGUCUCGCAUCAUAUCUCUUCAUGUUAAGAUGGAAGUCUGUAAAGUGCAAGUUCUAUAUAAUGGCAAUGGCUGGGAUCUAUAUCUGCAACAAGACAGCUGUAAAGGUGGAUACUCUUGUCCCAUAGGCUCUACGAGUGGGACAGUGAGUGGUGUCACACAGAUGUAAUGCUCUUGUGGUACCUGUUUGAGCAACCGAGCCUCCAUUCUGGUGUAACUGGAGACACCCAUCACAGUCUUUAACCACCGUCUUGAUUCACCAGACUAUUGAGUAGACUGGACAUCAUUACUGGAGAUAGUCUUUGGUCUGUGACUUAAGCAAGAUGAUUAGAUGGCUCUGGUUAGUACACACACACACACACACACACACACAUACACACACAAAUUAUAAACAAUUGCUUUUAUAUACAGUGUAUAUAAAACAUACAUUGUAUUUGAAUCUCACUCAAUAAGCUUAUGUAAAUACAAAUGUAUCACUUUCCAAAUAUUACAGCGUAUUUGUCGAUAGCUAUUUUAAAUAAUAAAAAAAAUAUAUGGAGAACAAAUCACCAUACAAUACAGAAAGUGUUAUAAAGCCUACUGUGAAUAAUAUGCGAAGAGCCUGAUUGCGAUGGUUGUGUGUGAGUUUGUGUGUGUGUGUGUGUGUGUGUGUGUGUGUGUGGCUGUGUGGGUGGGUGGGUGGUCUGGCCUAUAGCUGAUGGGCCAGAGGGGGGAAAUGUUUAUAAAGCUGUAGAUGUUAAGUCUGUCUGAAAACUCAGACGUGCUUUAAAUGUUUUAAAAUGUUGCGAUAAGUGUUUUCUAUACAGUGUUUGCAAAGAUAAAAAAAACAAUUACAUAUAAACUAUUUACCAAGACCA